GAGAGCUGUCUGCGGCAGGCGGAGAUCACAGCGCCACUCCAGCAUCCACACUUGCAGCGGUUCUACGGUGUAUGUCAUGUUGGUGAGCCAUUUAUCGUUGUCGAGCGGUGCGAACAGAUUUCUGGUAACGUCUCGUGGAAAAUACUUCUCGAGUGUGCACUGGGGCUCGUAUACUUGCAUGAACGCAGAGCUGUAUAUCAACGCACGACCGCGAGUGAGCUCAGUCUCUUAACUUCUCGAGGCAAGGGUCUACUGAGUACAACGAACUUACUGCGCAUUCCUGAGAAUACCAGCGACCAAUCUGCCAUAUUGAAUGAUGUAUACCAGUUCGGUCUGGCGGUCUUCCUGACACUCGCUCGUGCUCGAAGACCGACUGAAAAUACGCUGGUUAGAGCACUACCUACAGUUCAGCCUGAAUUUGCUUCAGAGAAAGAGUGGAGUUUACUUUGCGGGAUG